AUGGAGACAAGAUGCAAAGUUAGAUACAAUCUUGAGGAAGCUUUGCAGUACGUGGUAACACCCGGGUCUGACUCAGAGAUUUCCGAUCUAGAAGAUGAUGAUGGUGAAGAUCUAGAUAAAAUACAGUUAGAAAGGGAACCAUGCCAAGAAGCCUCUGUCAUGUCUGAUAAUUGUGAAAUUAUCAAGGAUGGAAUUGAAGAUGCAAGCCAAAAUCUUUGCCUGGUUCUCAAGGAAAGGGGCAUUUUAACGACAGCCACUAUCAGAAAUAAUCGUCUUGCUGGUUGUACUCUGAAAAGUGAAAAAGAGAUGAAAAAGGAUGGAAGAGGCAGCUUUGGGUUCCAAACAGACCAGAAUACUGGGAUGGUUGUCUUGCGCUGGUUUGACAACAAGUGUGUUACACUUGUGUCAACAUACCUCAAUGUUGAUGAAACAGUAAAUGUUAAAAGAUGGAAUUCAUCUAGUAAAACACAUGUAGAUGUUACCUGCCCAAUGAUUGUCAAGGCAUACAACACAUCAAUGGGGGGUGUGGACCUGGCAGAUAUGCUGAUAGCAUUGUAUAGAUGCAAGAUAAAAACCAAACGAUGGUAUCUUGUAAUUCUUUUUAAUGCAGUUGACAUUGCAAAAGUGAAUGGCUGGUUACUCUACAGAAGAUUUUGCUCUCAAAUGAAAGUACCUUCAAAAAAACAAUUGCCCCCUCUGACUUUCACAGCCUAA